CAACAGGCAAGUACAAGGUAAAGCAAAGUAGACAGCCGGACUGUUUGCACUCACUCUCACUUAAUCAACACGUAUCAGUAGUAGUCGUUGACCGACAGAAUCAGCAAUCGAAAAGUAAUAAACGCAGGACGUUUUAGAAUGUACACCAACGAAUCAAGAUACAGAGAGCACUUUGUGACUCCAGUUUCAUACGAUCCUAAGGCAGCUCUGGCGAAAGUGGAUGAAAUAAUUGAAGCCAACAAGCGAGCAUUUGAGAAUAGGAUGGGCAACGGCCUCGGACUCGGGUUUGAAAUUAGUGAUUAUAGAAUGAAAGAUGUAAAGGAGAACGCGCCAGACGCUCAAGAGUCUCAUGCAUUACAAACCAAUGAAGAGCCAGACGUGAGCAUCAAUAGCAACCCUCAAGAGAGAAGCAUGUCGGCUGAUUCUGUCCCAACACUCGUAUCGGAUUCUGAGGAGUCCUUUUCGACAGAUGAGAGUCUUGUAAUCACACCGGACAGGCAUGUAGCAUCUACAAUACGCCCAGUUGACAAGAAGCAGCGUGAACGUCCAAUCCACUUGACUUUACGCACUGAAGGAGGGGACGAGGAGGAAGAGGCCAAAGAAAACCUCCUCGAUGGUGAAGAUCUCGCAAAGUAUUAUAGGUCGCACUCCCGUCAGGGAACUCCUACAAGUCCAACCCCGCAACGUCGCAACGUAAAAAUGACGAAAGAUUCACAGGAAUCCAAACCUGAUUCAAAUGCGAUUUACAGCUCCUUCGUCGCUGCGAGGAGAUCAAAAUCGUUAGACAAGAAGGCGACUAUACAGCGCUCACUUUCUAUCCAAACACCUUCCAAACCAUCCACGAUCGAGCUCACAAAGCCGAUCAAGAAUACAAUCAAAGAAGAAGAUGAAGAGAGUGAAAACCUAGACUGGCUUGUUCCACUUAUUCAACACGCCAUGCCAUCAAAGAGAACUCGCCCACCGCCUAUUUGGGCGCAAUACGCGAAAGUGAAAGGACUCUCAACAGAUGAUAACUCUCAAGCGAGCACGAAUGUUCAUUCAGUCCUUGAUAGACCACGUCCACGUACUUCUUCCUAUGCAUUUGGCAGCGGUACAGUCAAAACUGACACAUCGCGAAAAUGUUCAGAAAAGACUUCAGUCGUCGCGAUGAAGAAAGCUCAGCGUAAACCAGACGCUAGGGAUCUUUUUGGGGAUAUACGCAAAGAUGAAGAGUUACCAUUUCCUUCAAGUUACGCAAGCUUGCCUAUGGGUCCUAUGCCUUCGGUAGACCGUCGCUCAACGUCAUCCACCGGUGUUGGAGGAUCGUUUGAGAGGCUUCCAAAAGACCGUUCUGUAACACCGAGCGACUUGAUAAAGAAGCGUAGCAGUAUGAAUGACGAUCCAACAUCAUCAACGGCUACAAUGCCAUUAUUGCCUGAAUCACAGGCAUUGCGCGAUCUGGAGAAUAUGCUGGUCGCCUACACCGAAGACGAAGUACUGAUGCGUUUAUCUAAUAUGUUCCAAGUCUAUUAAAUACUUUGUACUAAUUAAUUUAUUAAUGUAUGUUGUGUCUGCC